AUGGCCGGCUUUCCAAACAUCGUGCCUGCUGGUCACAACAACUACUAUCACAGCAAAACUUUGGCUGGUUAUCCAGACAUGGAAUUUGCUGCUCAUGUAAGCUUUCCAAACCUGCUACGAGUUGAUAAUCUUGAAUGGUUAUCGCGGCUUUCUGGACUCGAGAAUCUCAAUAUGAACUUCGUGAACCUCAGCGGAGCUACAGACUGGGUGCAGGUGAUCAACACACUCCCUUCAUUGCAACAGCUUCAUUUUCAAAAUUGCAGUCUUGGUCACAUAUCUCCUCUGAGUUAUAUCAACAUCACUUCAUUAACUCUUCUUGAUCUCUCUUCCAACAACUUCCAUUCCAUCGAGAUUCCAAAGUGGAUAUUUGGACUUCACAAUCUUCAUUUUCUUGAUCUAAGAAACAACUCUUUCAUAGGUCCAAUUCCAGCUAACAGUAAUGCCACCAAACUUAAGUAUAUUAAUCUCUCUUUCAAUUUUUUGAACUCCACAGUUCCAAGUUGGCUCUAUUCUUGUAUAGAUUUGGAGUUUGUUGUUUUGGAUUUCAACUUCCUAGCUGGAGCAGUUCCAGCAGGAUUUACUAAAUUGUGCAAAACAAGAAGGUUGUCCUUAUCCAACAAUAAUUUCCAAGGAAAUAUAUCUGAUUUAUUUGGAAAUAUGUCGGAGUGCUUCUUGGAAUCAUUGGAAGUCCUUGAUUUUCAGUUAAAUCAAAUCUCUGGUCAGUUGAUAGAUCAACUAGGAGAGUUCAAGAGUCUUAAAUAUCUUAAUCUCAACAAGAACUUAUUAACUGGUCCAAUUCCAGCCAGCAUUGGAAAGUUGUCAUCUUUGAAAGUUUUGGGCUUAGGUGGUAACAAACUAACCCAAAGCCUUCCUCAUAGUUUGGGGCAACUUUGUAAUCUUGAAAUAAUUUAUCUCUUUGAUAACAAGCUGGAAGGAGUAGUGACUGAAACUCUCUUCGCAAAUCUCACUAAACUCUAUACUUUCUCAGCUUCUGACAAUCAGUUGAGUUUGAAUGUAAGGCAAAGUUGGAUUCCCCCCUUCCAACUUAUUGUUCUUGGACUAGGAUCAUGGAGCUUAGGCUCCAUCUCCAAGAUUCCUUCAUGGCUUGAGACACAGAAGAAUCUUUCAUACUAUCUUAAUCUGGUUGGUACUGGAAUCUCAGGUAGUAUUCCAAGCUGGUUUUGGGAUACUCAGAUCUUAAAUCUCUCUCAUAACCAUCUUCAAGGGGAGCUCCCAGAUCUCAGUGGCGCUGCUCAGUUUAUAUACUUGAGUUCUGACAAAUUCGAAGGCCCAUUGCCACGAGUUGGAGAUGCUUUAAAGGAGCUUGAUCUGUCCAAUAAUUCAUUCUCUGGAGGCAUAGCCCACUUUCUAUGUGAUGAGACAUAUCCAACAUAUUCGUUGGAGAUUCUUCAUCUGGGAGAGAAUCUAUUGAGUGGGGAAUUGCCAGAUUGUUGGAACAAAUGGCCUUCUUUGAGAUAUCUGAGCCUAGCCAAUAACCAAUUGUAUGGAAGCAUUCCAACUUCGAUUGGAUUUCUUGCUAAUCUAGAAUCUUUGAAUCUUCAAAACAAUAGAUUCUCCGGGAAGAUACCUUUUGCAAUGCACAACUGCAUUAAGCUAGUGAAGAUGGGGCUUGCAGAUAACAACCUUGUAGGGAACAUACCGGCGUGGAUAGGAACAAGCCUAGUUGAGUUGAGGAUCCUGAUACUGCGCUCAAACAACAUGAGUGGUAAGAUAUCUUCAGCGAUUUGCCAACUGAGCUAUCUCCAGAUAUUGGAUCUCUCCAACAAUGAACUCUUGGGCGUAAUACCAAGGUGUGUUCAUAAUUUUACUGCAAUGGUUAUGAAGAGGAGUUUGUCAGAUCUAUUCAAACUGUAUGGAGUUCAGAAAUCAUGGUACUCUUACUCCACUUUCAGUGUGGGAGGGUUCAGAGAGAGCGCACUGAUAGUGAAAAAAGGCAGUAUACUGGAGUUCGACAACAUUCUUCCCUUGGUUAACAGCAUCGACCUUUCACUGAACGGUCUGUCCGGAGAAAUCCCAAAUGAAUUAACAAGUUUGUCGGAGUUGGGAUCCUUAAACUUGUCGGGAAAUCAGCUGACCGGAUUGAUCCCCGAGAAAAUUGGUGAAAUGAAGCAGUUGGAAUCUCUCGAUCUAUCAAGAAACUCCCUUUAUGGUCGAAUUCCCAGCAGCCUUGCAUCCAUAUCCGGUUUGGGUUAUCUCGACUUGUCUUACAACAACUUAACAGGAAGGAUUCCAGACGGCACGCAGCUCCAGAGCUUCAACGCUUCAAGCUUUGUCGGUAACCAUCUCUGCGGCCUGCCAUUGACAAGCAACUGCAGUGACGGAGGAAUUAAAGAGAUGAAUGAGAAAGCUGCAGAGGUUGAGUGGUUUUAUGUUCUGCUGUUUUUGGGUUAUGCAGUGGGAUUUUCAGUGGUUUGCACAACAUUAGUGUUGAAGAAGGUGUGGAGAGAUGCAUAUUUUGGGUUUCUAGAGAGGAUGUGGAUAAGACUCACAACAUCUACAUAG